AUUAUUCUGGUGUUUGUAUUUCAUUGUAUUUUAUUAUAUCAAAGUGUUUGGUUUGUUUCAAGUUCUUUAAGACCAGUCAUUCAUUUAAUAUAAAUAAUGGAAGACAUAGACAAUAAGUUUCCUAAAGUAUCCAAUCUUUUAGAUGAUACCAUUCCUAUCAAAACUGAAUGCACAGAAGAUUUGGAUAUAUAUACAACUCAAUCACAAACAUUAAAUUCAAAUUUAACCAAAAUGAUUGUUAAAAAUGAGAGUAAAUGCGAGAAUUUAAGUGUCAAUGGUUCGCCUGAAGAGAGUGUGGACCAAAUCACUGCAAUGGAUCCCAAAUCAAAGCCACAGUAUUCUUAUGUGGCUUUGAUUACGAUGGCUAUCAAAGAAUCCAAUGAAAAGCGACUCCCAUUAGCCGGCAUUUAUGAGUAUAUCUACAAAAAGUUCCCGUAUUUCAAGAAAGGGGACAAAGGCUGGCAAAACAGCAUUAGACAUAAUUUAAGUCUUAACGAAUGCUUUAUGAAAAUUCCUCGAGAAAUAUCUACAACUAAUGAAAGGAAAGGCAAUUAUUGGGCACUUCAUCCCAACUAUGAAGACAUGUUUGUCGACGGAAAUUAUAAGAGGAGGAAAAAGAUCAAACGUAACCGAACAUCUCCGUAUGAGUCGAGCAAAUCAUUUCUCAAUUCGGCCUCAAAUAUGAAUUCCUAUUCGCGGCACCGAUUCUAUGACAUGACAACAUCGGGUGCUAUGAUUGCGCCCAAUAUAUCUCCCUUUCAAAGCGAUCAAACCAAACAUUACUUCCAAAAUUAUGGCACUUGUAAUGUGUCCAACCCUUCUAAUGACUUCCCGCAUUGGACCGGGAUCAAUUUUGCUAAUCUUCAGACCCAAUACAGUUGUGGCAAUGCCUCCCCUCUGCCCGCUUACCACCAGCACAACAAUAACUUCAAUACAACAUCAGUUCAAACAAGCAAUUCAUUUGAUCCCCGAAGAAGUACAGAGAUAUUAAGCGGACCGACGGCUACAACUCCUUUGCCACCUCUACUGCUCGAUAACAAUAGUGUUAUUCACCAACAGAUGAGAACAUUUUAG